AUUAUUAUCUUCCAUAAAAUAAUAUCAUUCAUUAUAAAAAUAUUCAUUUCCUUAAAGCAAGAAAUAAUUAUAUAUUUAUUUAUAUUAGUAAGGAUGAAACAGGAAACAGAUUUAACAUUAAGUAAUAGCUAAAAUAAAGAAAAGUUUGAAGAUUCGAUUUAAGAAAAUAGUGAAAAUCAGAAUUUAGAUGAACCAAAAGAUGUUUCUAAUAAAAAUUAGCAUAAUUCACCAUAAAAAUAACUACUUAAAUAGGCUAAAAUAUCAGAUUAUUUUUCGGGUGAUAAAAACAAACAUCUCCCUUUUUUUUCUGACAAAAAGCAAGAUAAAACACAAAGUUUGGAUUAAUUGCUAUUUGAUUAAAGCUUAAAAAAAAUAAAAUAAUCUUAAACUAAUUAUAAAAACAUGAUUUCUUAACUAUCAAAUGAAUUGAGCGGCUUCAAAAACGAUGCCGAAAAAGAACUUCUUAGCACCAAAAAAAGAAUAAAAGAAUUAAACGAUUAAAUAUACACAAGCUCAGAGUAAAAGGAUAAUUAUAUUAUAGAACUAAAGCAAUAAGUAGAUAUAUUAAAUUAGGAUUUAGAAUAUCAAAAAAGUAAAAAUGAAGAAUUAAAUCAACAGAAAUAAAAAUUUAUCUAAAUUAUUGAUGAGUUGCAACAACAAAUCAAUUCAUAAUAGGAUGAAAAAAAGAAGUUAGAUUUAUAGCUAUUUUAAAUAAAAAGUAAUUAAGAGUUAAAAAUUUAGAAACUAGAAAGCUAGUUAGGUCAAGCUAACUUGAAGAUAUCAAAUUUAGAAAUAGACAAAAGAGAUUUAUAGCAAAAAUUUUUAAAUGCAAGUAGAGGUAUUACAGAAACUGUUAUUUAGGAUUUAGAAAAUUAGAUGCAAAAAAUUGAUAUUGAAAAUUCAUUACUUAAAAAUGAAAUAUUUGAUUUAAAAUUUGGUAUUAAUGAGAAAAAUAGAAAAAUUGAGUAACUUGAAUAAGAAAUUGCUUCAAAGUAGAAUCAUACUGAAACUUUCAGAAAAAAAAUUGAAGAAUUGAGUGAAAAAAUUCAAGCAUAUUAAAAAGAAAACAUAUAAAAAGACCAAUAAAUAUUAAAUAUCAUUAAUUAAAAUUAGAAAACAAUUUAAAUUCGAGAAUAACUAAAUGAAAAGAUUCUGCAUAUGAACAAAAAAAUAGAGGAAUAGGAAAAAGAAAUUAUUGAUUUAAAGAAAAUUAUUGUUCAAGGAUAAAGUAGUUGA